AGGAAGAGAGGGAGGAGCCCGUGAUGGCUGGUGCUGUCGCCGUCGCGCUGUCCCUCGCUGCGCUCCCGGCCACCGCCACCGCUCCUCCGCUGUCAGCUCCCGGCCGCCGCGCCGCCGCCAUGGCCGAGGAGGAGACCUCCAGCGAAGGGUUAGGAUGGUUAUUCAGGUGGCUUCCUGCCUGGUGUCCCACAUCGCUGCUGCACCUUAAAGAGGCUGAGGAUAAAAUGCUAAAAUGUAUUGCAAGCAUAUACAAUAAACGAUACGUGUAUAUAUCUAAGGGAAAUAAAAUAUGGACACUGACAUUCUCUCCAGACCUUUCAAAUAAAACUCCACUUGUUCUCCUGCAUGGGUUUGGAGGAGGUGUUGGACUAUGGGCUCUCAACUUUGAAGAUCUCUGUGAGAACAGGACCGUUCACGCUUUCGACCUCCUGGGAUUUGGACGUAGCAGUAGACCACACUUUGACACUGAUGCUCGGGAAGCAGAAAAUCAGUUUGUGGAAUCCAUAGAAGAAUGGAGAAAGGAGGUGGGGUUAGAAAAAAUGAUUUUACUUGGGCACAACCUAGGUGGAUUCCUGGCUGCUGCUUACUCAUUAAAAUACCCAUCAAGGGUCAAGCAUCUUAUCUUAGUGGAGCCAUGGGGUUUUCCAGAGAGGCCUGACAAUGCUGAACACGAAAGACCAAUUCCAAUCUGGAUCAAAGCACUAGGAGCUAUAUUGAGUCCGUUUAAUCCAUUAGCUGGGCUAAGAAUAGCAGGACCCUUUGGGUUAAGCCUUGUUCAGCGUUUAAGACCAGAUUUCAAGCGAAAAUAUUCAUCGAUGUUUGAUGAUAACACUGUGGCUGAAUAUAUCUAUCACUGCAAUGUACAGUCACCCAGUGGUGAAACAGCUUUCAAGAACAUGACUAUUCCCUAUGGAUGGGCAAAAAGGCCAAUGCUGCAACGGAUUUCACAAAUGGAUCAAGACAUUCCUAUCACUGUGGUCUAUGGAGCACGUUCGUGUAUCGAUGGUAAUUCUGGCAGUACUAUCCAGUCUCUGAGACCAAACUCAUAUGUGAAGACAAUAGCUAUCCUCGGUGCAGGUCAUUAUGUGUAUGCUGAUCAACCUGAGGACUUCAAUCAGAAAGUGAAAGAUAUCUGUGAUUCUGUGGACUGACUGUCUUCUGUUCUUUAGAAAGUCAUACCGUAGAUAGCAUUUAAUGGCAAUACUUUAGGAAAUCACUAAAGAAUGCGGAGCUAAUGGGACAGGCUCUGUUUGCACACUGUUUCUUCUAAGAAGCUAUUUGCACACUUAAACCACUGAGUGCCUAUUUUGGGGGGAAUGAAGAGGCUUGAAGCUAACUUUGUACAGCUUUUUUUGAGAUUAUUGACCUGUCAGAUGCAAAAUUACAUGUAACUUUUGAAACUGGAAUUUUCUUCAAAAUUUAAUUGAAAUUUGCACACGUUGAACUCUAAAAAUGCUGAAUUCUCCAACAGAGAGAACUGUAUCAAUAUAGAUACAAUGUACAAAAUGCAAUUUGGUUUCUUUAUGAAUGUUCAUAUUUUUUAGUUGAUGUUUCAUAGCAAGAAUAUGAAAACUCAUAUGUAUUUUAUUUUUGAACGCAAAACUCCAUAUACAAUGUUUUAAGAGAGUUGGGUUUUUUUAUUCAGUUGGAGUGACAACAGCUUAUGAAGCUGAUUUUGUAAGAGGGAUGGGGCCAAAAUAACAAGCAGUGUCUGUCACUGAAGUAUGUUUGUUAGUUUGUAAGAAAUUGAGGCUCAAUAUUAGGAAAUCUAUCUUCUGUUGAAUUUUAUUUCCAUUCAUCUCAAGGUAUCCUUUUCCACCUGUGCAAGUUUUACGGAAGACUCAGUUUGUAAGAGUCGAUGAUGUCACCAGCACUCAUGCUUCCAUAAGUAUUUUGAUUUGUAAAUUUCAGUGAUUUAAAACACAGAAGAAGGCUUUUUAGUUACUCCACCUAUUUUUAACACUUUACUGCAAGAUUUGUUACUAGUCUAAACCUAACAAUUGUAGAUAAGCUGAUAAGAUUUUGAUUAGGGCUAGGAAAUGGCCACUUGGAUAGUGCGCAUAUUUCCCAUUUCCUUUGGUAGAAAACUUAGUCUACUUUUUAGUAAAUUUGGGCUGAGGGGGAGGCAGAGGGAGAAUAUCGGUGUUCUCUAAUUGGGAACUAGAACAGGGUAGUGUAUUUUAUUUAACAUGCAGCCUCUUUGUAGGAAGGAUUAUUACUGGAAUGAACAAUACCACUGUAACGAAUUACAAUUACGUGUUUUGGAGAUUCUUUAUAUAUUUUAAUUGAGUGUUUCAAUAUUAGAGAUAGUCCAGUCUCUGCAUCUUUUUCAAUUAUAGUUUGAUGUUAAUUCUUCACAUGCCUAGUAAGUUAUAUUAAGGAAAAUACUUUGUCACUUUAAAGCCAAAUUAUGUGGUAGGGUUUUUUUAUAACAAGUUUACAUAAAACUAUUGAUCUGUUUUUGAAUAUUGAAUUGACUGCUGAAGAGUUCUUGAUACUUUUAUGUAGAGAGAUUUUGAAUUAAUGAUAGCACCGUGUUAAAGCUUGAAUGGAAUUCUCUGCAUUUUUUUCUCAAAUUAAGGAAUUGUUGUAUAUAUUUAUGGUGUGGAAGGCAAAGAUACCUAAAAUAUUCAGGAAAUACUCUGAUUAUGUUCCCAGCCAAACAUAGUCUCUCUUUCUAAAGGAGAUAUUUAUCUAUAUGGUGCUAUGCAAACAUCAAACAGAUUUUGUGACUGCCUUGACUGGUAGCAUUUAAUAUCUAGCAAGCUAAAGAUUUUAAUUAAAAUGAAGUAUUUAAUUAAAUUACUUUUUCAAUCAGCAGAUGCCAGAUUUGUAAAACAAAAUUUUGGGUUAUUUGCUAAAAUCUUGAGUUAAAAAUGGAAAAUCCGAAGUAUCUAUUCCAUUUUUUAACAUAAGCUAUAAAUUAUCAGUCAUGCCACCAUUUAGGUGGAUGCCUUCAGCGUGUUGGUUUUUUCAUCCAUACCAGUGUCUUAUUUUGUAUUUAUCAACUCAAACACCUGUUUUAGUUGUGUGUAAAAAUCUAAUGCACAAAAUAAAUUUUGAGUCUCCUCCAAAUAAUCAAAGGUGAAACAAACUGUUGGUAUUUUCGGAUAGCACUUACUGAUGGGAAUUCCAGAUUCCACGUCAAAAGUUGGAAGUAGAGAUAAAAAUCUCACGCCGCAUGUGAAUAUUGUUUUAAAUAUCCCUUGCUUUUUCAGCUUAUUGUACUAAUAAGACUUAUUGCUUACGUUUUGCACAAUAAAUCUUAUGUGUUAUAUUUGA